CGGAAGACCGUUCACACCAUCUCCCACCUAGAUCACUGUUUUAUAAUUUCAUUAAAGAGCAGUUUACAAGCUUUUCCCGCAGGCGGGAACUUGAAAUUUUGUCCUUCUUAACCUAGGAUUUCUCAGGCAGAUGGUUUUAGAGUCUCAUUCCUCCGCCAAGUAACUGCAUUUAGUCCACUGCAAAAUGUCUUGUAUAUUCCAAGUGGAGCGUGUCCCUCCGAAAUAUAAGUUUUUCGGAUACUUGCACGUCAGAACAGGAACUUUAUUACUUGCCUUGGUUCAAGUAUUAGUACACCUCGUUGUUAUUACCAUUUCUACUGUUGCUCUCGGGCAUUCAUCAUGUCGUGCAGAAGCAGAGUAUGUGGUUUAUGGUCUUGGUGUUAUGUCUUUCAUGCAAUGGGAGCGAUUUGUCAAUUUACUAGACAAGUAUUUUGUUGCAUUUGAUAACGUAUCUGAGAAAAAUGUAUCCGGGGUGCAAUUUGCUACUGAAGAUAAACGAAAUGACAAAAGAGAGUAUGGUGAUUCAUCUAUUUAUGUUCGUGCAGCAAAAUUUCUAAACUCUGGUGAAGAAUACGUCUCAGUAGCUUUAACAUUAUUUUCUUUGUUUUGCUGCAUGCUGCUACUCGUUGGGGUUGUGCGUGCAAAGUCUCGCUACGUACUACCGUAUUCUUGCCUACAGUCUCUGGAUUUUUUCGUUACAUGUCUUUCAGUUUUCGGUUAUUUUUCCUACAUUUCAGACAGAAAGAAGUGGAUGUCUCCUCAUGUAGGACUGAGGAUGCUGGUUAUAUGCGUUGGUAUCUUGCUUCUUGGUCUUAAAGGCUUUCCUGUGCGUACUGAAAACAGUAUGGUGUUUUCAGUAGAUGUCGGGUGUUACUCGUUCCCGUUUCUUCGUUGUUGUAGAAGAAAUCAAAGGCCGUUGGAAGACUGUACUUCUAGAUAUUCCUUGAUCGCUCAGCCACUUAUUGAAAAUUCAUCGCUACCACCAAAGUAUGAAGAUGUCGUCAAUACAAUUCCAAACUCUUCUGGACCACCAACGUAUGACACAGUACUGAAUACUGCUGCAUUUGGAGACGCAAAUACGUUAUCAACUGGGAUGAAUGUUCCAAGUCCACCUCCACACAAUUAGUUUAUUAUUGUAUCAAAUUCAGUUUUACUGUUUAUUUGUAUCAUACAGUCAUUUUGAUUGUAUAUGUAUGUAUACACAUACACAAUAAACUACUUACUACUUAUCACUUUCUUCUCUUUAAUUGAAGUAUGUCUGAAUUGUUUACAUUUCAGUGAACAGUUAAAAAGUAAUUGUACGCAUUACCUUGUUGAGAGAUAAUCAAGAAUAUAGGCAUUAUCACCAUACAAUAAAACACUAUCGCAUAUCCGUUAAAAGGUAGUAAAAAUAAAGCUCGUAGAAGGAUUUCUACAAGAUAUGAAUGCAUAUGUGCUACUGCUAAUAAUACGGUGGUUAGGUAAAAUCUGGACACCAAUAGAAUUAAGGCAAUAGGUCUAACUUCAUAAGAAAGAAGUGAGCUACUACAGCAAACAAAUGUGGUUUGGUUUUUAUGUGCCUCUCGAGCACGUGGAUUUUUCUAAGAAAUCUAUUUAAUCGACGAGAAAUAAGUCCCAUUACGAGUUUCGGAUAAAGUUCUGUAACUGAAAGGUUUUUAUUUAUUGUUUUAAUAUAAAAUCCCCCUUAACCGAUUGUACUAAUGUUCUUCACGUUUGUUUUUCAGGUAUAACUGCAAAUGAUAAUUCCUAUACGCUGCUUCACGUGUGGAAAGGUCGUUGGCGACAAAUGGGAAAGCUACAUAGGCUUAUUACAAGCUGAAUACGCUGAAGGAGAUGCCUUGGAUACUUUAGGUUUGCGGCGUUAUUGCUGUCGACGAAUGCUUCUCUCUCAUGUUGAUUUAAUAGAGAAAUUGUUGAACUAUUCUCCCUUGCAAAGAUGAAAAAAUUUGUUAAAGUAAAUAAAUAUAUUUUCUGA